AGACCACUUCCUCUCUGUUUGCCCCACCACACUCACCGUUGACCUCCUCGAGGAGUGCCUCCUUGCAGCUGAGAAGAGUAUAGUCGCUAUAGGGGUCUCUCGUGGUGACCCUCGUGCCCCUUUCUUUGAGGGGUGUUCCCCCGUCCCCCUUUUGCCCACUGUUGCCUCUGCUGCUGCUGUCGACCUCGUUGGCACCGAGUCGGUCGGCGCUGCGUCUGCCCCUAGCGGGAGGCGCCGCAACGGCAAGGGCAAGGUGGGCAAGGGUGCUGUGGGAGCGGGCGGGGGCGGUGGUGGUGGCGAUGGGGGCGGUGGAGGGGGUGGGGGUGGCGGUGGGAGUGGUGGCGGGGGUGGGGGCUCUGGUGGCGGUGGCGGUGGCGGUGGGAGUGGAGGAGGCGGUGGUGGCGGCGGUGGCGGUGGCGCUGGUCGGGGUGGCUUUGUGCCGCGGGGAGGCUUCGGUGGUGGCCAGCAUUAG